AUGCCUUCCUCAAACUCCUCCAGAUCCUCUCAAUCUAUGCGCAGCUCCGCUGCCGCUGCCGUCUCGACAUCGUCUGGCGCUGCCGACCAACCGUCCGUACCUAUCGAGAUCCUCGUCGAGCACCUCCUUGCAGCCAAGCGUUCCCUCUCGUCCAUGACCCUGGUUCUGCAAGCCAAUGAUUUGACUACACAAGCCCGCUCGGUGCACGAAGACAGCGUUGUGCUCGCAGCCCGCACCGCAUUCCUUCGCGCCGGCAUCGCCCAGCAGAUCCAUACACUCGAGCGCAUCCGCCGCGGGCUGGCGAGGACGUACGAUGUUGGCCGCAGGGAUUUUGAACAACUAAUCAAGGUCCUCGACGAUGCCGGGGAGCGACUCACACGCACAAUGGAUGUGCUGCACAAUACAAUCGUUGAUCCUGUCUUUCGACCAGCUGGGGAGGAGCCGAGAAGUUUGAUGUUCUUUGUCGACGAGGGCAACGUAGAUCGUCUGACCAAGUCACUGAAGGAGAGCAUUGCUGAGCUCAAGGCUGCCGAAACAUCGUACGACGGUGACCUAUUGCGCUUCGAUAACGACAUCCGCUCCGUCAAGAAGCACCUGCUUGCAGCUCCCGGACUACCGUCUCCAUCAAAUUCAUUGUUCUCUCGUCCGAUGGCUGACCUCGUCCGUACCCUGACAGCCCACUCCCAUGCCAUGGCGGAGAACCUCAGCUCUUUAACGCGCCACUUCGACCUGUGCGUUACCGCUGUGCGCGCUUCUGAGGGUGGCGCCGCGCUGGCCCUUCGCAAGGCGGCCGAGGAUGGGCCGUCAACCAUCUCCAUCUCUGGCGUGAUCCGCGGGGACGGCGCCGACGCCGACGAUCAUGAGCUCAAGACCAUGUCGGCACGGGAGCGCGAGGAGAUGCUCCGGGUAGUGGUGCAGGAUGCCACCGAAGUCGGCGAGGUCGUGCGCGACAUCAACGCCGGUCUCGAGGAGAUGCAGGCGCUCGGUGCGCUGGUAGAACAACAGGCGGCACACGUCCGCACGGCGCACGAGUGCACCCUCUUGGCCUUCCGCCGCCUGGAGGAGGUCGAGGCUCGGCUAGGGAGCUACGUUGCUGCCGAGCGCGAAUACGUAGACCGCUGCGAAGUGGAGAAGGAUGCCAUCCACGAGCGGCUCGCCCAGGCCGAAGACCUGGCUGUGUUCUAUGAGGGCUACGCUGGUGCCUACGACGGACUCGUGCUCGAAUACGAGCGUCGGAAGAACGUAGAGGAUAAGAUCAGGUCCCUCUGGCGCAAGGCGGCCGCCGCGGUCGAAAAGCUCGAGGAGCAGGACGCCGCGGCGCGUGAGUCGAUGAGGAAGGACGUCGGUGAUUACAUACCCGGCGACCUGUGGGUUGGCAUGGACGAUCCGGUGCGGAAGUGGAAGGUUGUGGCGGUUGAUGAGGGUGAAGGUGGCAGCGAAGAGAUUGGAGGGUCGUCCGUGCGUUUAAAACAGGGCACCGUCGAGGCAGCGAGGGAGAGGGUACAUGGACGUUAA